UUCAUCCAGCCACCAUGGCGAAUUACGAAUCGCCCUCCUCGGCUUCCUUCCCGCUGCUCUCUUGGUGCGGAAGUGCUGUCCUCCAGAGCAGCAGCAGCCAGCAGAGCCAGAGCUGCCACUGUUUGGAUAAACACUACGCUAGUUCAGUAGCAGGUUUUCUCGCCUCCGCGCCUCUCAGUCCGGGACUUGUCAGCACACAUCUUGACCGUACAGCAUAGCAGUAUUAUGCGAGUACCGUCCGGUGUGUGGGAGCACCGUGUGAAGUGAGUUUCCUUGAAUCAUAUAUAUGGGCCAUCUUCUCUCGAAAAAUGGUUACCGCCUGAAGGAGAGGACACACAAGUUGCAUCAUAGGAAGAAGAAGAAGAGGAACUGUUUCCUGCAGCUGCCUUGCAUGCUCUGCUUCAUUGUCCACAGCAGCGGUCUUGACGACGACAGCGACAAUUUGGAGGCCGGUGUCAACGGCCGUGUGUGCCGUCACAACAGCGUCACAGGCAUCAGUGUCCCCGGUGUGGGUGGAGUUGGCAUUGGAGCAGCAGCUGCCUCGAAGCUCGCCGAGCGAUACGCAACACUCGCUUCUCCCGAGGAUUGCUCUAAGUUCCUGUUGUCAACACAGGAGCUGGCUGUCUGGGAGGGCCAAGGGAGGAGCCUUUUAUCAGCUGCUCCUGCCAAACUGAUUCCACCGCCCGCGCUGUUCCGAACCGCUGGGGUAUCUGUGACCGUGCCCAUACCUGUACUUGUGCCUGGCUGCACCAACGACUACACUGAGAUGGUGUGUAAGAGGAAGUGCUCAGAGGUGCAGAGGUGCACCCCCUGUAAGCAGCCCCGCUGCGCCUUCGCUGCCCCUGACGAAGUGCUGGAGAACGGGGGAGUGGGAGGAGGAGGGGGAGAGGCUGCCUCGAACUCUGGAACUGGCCACUGCCACCUUCCCCUCUGUCCACUUCCCUCCUCCUCCGCUUCUUCUUCCUCUGCCUCCUCCUCUUCCUCCUCCCCUGCUGACGGCUGCUGUGGGUUGGGUCUUCAUGCUGAUUUGCCCCACAGUUCAGACUCAUCCCCCUGCUGCCUGCAUCAUUAUGAAGACUGCCAGCCACGAAGUUCUGACGCUGCCGAUCUCUCAAGUAUCAACCACCUGCCUUCCUCCAUCCUUCUUAAGGUGCUCUCCCACCUGACAGUGAAGGAGCGUUGUCUGUGUGCCUCUCUGGUGUGUAAGUACUGGAGGGACCUCUGCUUGGACUUCCAAUUCUGGAAGCAAAUCGACCUCAGUGGCCUACAACAAGUAAAUGAUGAUCUCCUGGUGAAAAUAGCCUCUCGGAGACAGAAUGUGAUGGAGAUUAACAUCUCGGAUUGCAGAGGCGUCCACGACCAUGGUGUGUCCUCCCUGGCCGCACACUGUCCAGGCCUGCAGAAGUACACGGCAUACCGCUGCAAGCAGCUGGGUGACACGUCCCUCUCGGCCUUGGCUUUACACUGCCCUCUGCUGGUGAAGGUGCAUGUUGGCAACCAGGACAAACUGACCGACGAAGCUCUAAAAAAGAUGGGAGAGCACUGCAGUGAGAUGAAAGACAUCCACUUGGGUCAGUGCUACAGUAUCACAGAUGAAGGCAUGGUGGCCUUGGCUAGAGGAUGCCCCAAACUGCAGAGACUCUACUUGCAAGAGAACAAACUGGUCACCGAUCGGUCCGUGCGAGCGGUUGCAGAGCAUUGUCCCGAGCUGCAGUUUGUUGGCUUCAUGGGAUGCCCGGUGACCUCUCAGGGAGUCAUCCAUCUCACUGCGCUCCGGAACCUGAGUGUCCUUGACCUGCGGCACAUCUCGGAGCUCAACAACGAGACGGUGAUGGAGGUGGUGAGGAAAUGUCGCAACCUCAGUUCCCUCAACCUCUGCCUCAACUGGAGCAUCAACGACAGGUGCGUGGAAAUCAUCGCCAAGGAGGGAAGAAGUCUGAAGGAGCUCUAUCUUGUGUCUUGUAAAAUCACAGACCACGCUCUGAUAGCCAUAGGCCAGUACAGCAGUACCAUAGAGACUGUGGAUGCCGGCUGGUGUAAGGACAUCACAGACCAGGGAGCCACACAAAUUGCUCAGAGCAGCAAGUCUCUCCGCUACCUGGGCCUCAUGAGAUGUGACAAGGUGAACGAGGAGACCGUGGAGAGGCUGGUGGUCCAGUACCCCCACAUUGUUUUCAGCACGGUGAUGCAGGAUUGCAAGAGAACCCUGGAGAGAGCUUAUCAGAUGGGCUGGAGCCCCAACACAUCGAACACUUCGUAGCUACUGCUGGAUCGCACACACAAACACACACACUUAGCUACAUAGAGGCCCUUUUUGUGUACAGACACACAUACACAGUAUUUGCAGCUCAGUCAUGUUUGCCUAUCAUCCGCUGUUCAAACAUGCAUGUGAACAUGUAGCUACACACUCAAAGACGAAGGUGUAGUUCAUCAACUGUUUCAUUUGAAGGCAGACUGUCAUUUUAAUAAUUUAAAGUAAGCAAAUGAUGGGCUUCUUUGUAUUUUAAAGUUAAUUGAGACAUCAUACUUCUACCAAUCAUUGACUGAAAUGUCCACAUCAUCAUUGUCAAUAAGCCAGAUUCCAUCCAACAAUAUAUUGAACCAUCAGAACCUUGAGUGACUAGCUUGUUUUGGUGCUAAACAGUGCACCAAUAAGUUUAAUUUGAUAUCUACUUUAAGUGAGUGUUACUCAGUUCAUAGAGUAUUAAGCCUCAUACCUUUUGAACUGUCAGUUAUCACUUUGGGUGGAGUGAAGGUAAAGAUGCAUGAGGAGAAGAUGCACGGGAAAAAGAUCCAGCAAACGGAUCAUUAAAUCAAAGACAUUCAGGGAUGGUUAGACAACAAUUAUUUUAACGAGUAUAGAUUAAAAAAAGGUUUGUCACCCCGACCGGAGCCAAUGUCCCUGAGCACUGCACCCAUGGCGACUCUCUACAUCUGCUUCCUGUGUUAACUCCCUUCAAACUGAACCCUUCUGCUGCGGCGAGAUCGCCCCAGCCACAGCAGAGACUUGGACAUCAGGAAGCAGCCUCCCACUACUUCAGACCGGAAGACAACUGAACUGACAGAACUUCAGACCUCAUUGAGGCAUUUUGACAAAUUUGUGAUGUUUAUUUUGUCCGAUGAGAUGAUUUUCCUUUCUCCCGUGGAUGUUCAGUACAGUGUUAAAGGCGUUUGUGGACACGUCUUGAGAUGUUCGACGAGGCUCCAUUUGAAGGACGGAGCUCCUCGCUGUGACUCAAUAUGCACAUUACCGUGGUACAGAAGAAAGACUCAAAGCCCUGGAAAAUGUAUGGCUAGAAAACAGCAUUGGCUAUUUCUCAAAAGCUGCAUGUUUUUCACGGAGAUCCUCUCCAUACUUUUUUCCAGCCACAGAAAUAUUAUCUACAGAUGACUAAUCAGCCUCUGUAUGACUUGGGAACGAUGCUGUUUUUUAAUGCCAUGCUUAAAAUUAGGGUUAACUGAGCAUCACCUUGAGUCAGUACAGAAAGAAGUGCUUGAAAUAGAAGUUGCCUUUACUUAAAAUUUCUGGGUCAUGUUAUCAGACUAUUAACCACAACCAGCGCGAUGACAGGUAAGAGGAAAGGUUGCCUUAAGUGGUUAGUAGGUAAUUGCCAUCCAAUUAGCGAGCUGAAAUCGACCCAGAAUUUACUGAAGAAAUGUUUAUCGUAGUUUUUCUGAUACCAUUUUCCCAUUAUUUGAUCCAAUAUAUACUGUACAUAUAAAUAACUACUGUGUGGGAUUUACCUAGUCUAUUAUUGGUUUUGAGCAUAUACUUGUAACAUGAACUAUGUAGCAAUGCAAUGAGGGAGUUAUCUUUCUUAGUGGGGAAGGAUGUAGAGAGAAAACUGGCCUGGUUUAUAACCAGGGCCAGUGGAAGUUGGUUGGAGAGUUUUAUUUUUUUUUUUUUUAUUCUAUUCUAUAGAAAAUAAGUAGUGUACAGUUAAUAAUGCAAACAACCAGGGUAUUUUUCUAUGGUGGGAAUUAGCUCUAGGCUCAGCCUCCACACACUGUCACUCAGACAUGAUCAAUAGCUUACUGGGCUUAGGGUUCGAGUAGAACUGUAUACUUUCUACAGCAUAUAGAGAUUUCAGACAAUUAAAAACACCUUCAUUUUUCCCUUUUCAGAGUUUGUAGACUUUAACUGAAGGACACUUUCUCCCUCGGCCUGUUUUUGUUCGGUUUCUGUUCAUUUGUUAUCCCGAUAUGCACUUUCUUCUCUGCUAGAUGUUGAUACACAUGAUUCCCUGAUUUGUUAAGGUAACAGUAAAUGACUGGAUUAACAUGAAGAUGAAUAAAACACUACUUCAAGCUUU